CUACAGCACUCUACUGACGGCAACAAAGUGAGACUAUCUUAAAAAAAAAAAAAGUGACUUUCUACCAUUUUAUUUGCAUGGAAAAUCCAACGAAAUGUUUAGAAACCACAGGCAGGCACACCACACCAUCAUUGCCCAGGAUGCAGAAACAAUAUUAAAAGCAUUUGAAACUUAUUUUAAAUCCUAGCUCUUCUUCCCCCUCCUUUCAGGCGUAGAGCGUUUCGGAAGGAAGGACAGUGCCUCCUGUCCUACGACAACUUUCCCUCAUAAAUCUCGUUUUUCCCAGCCAAGGGCGCGCCCCAGACCUGCCAGGCCUACACCUGCCGACCUGACCUCAACCACUUCGGGAAAUUAAGACUCCCUGUGGCUCUUCAGAAUGUUCCAGAAGAGCACUGGCGAAGGGUUAGAUUUGUGUCUUUUGGUAGGAAACCCGAGUUUUCACGAUAUUCGUCUUCCGGGACCCAGGGUAGGGGCGGCCCAGCCACCGGAGCGGCGGCCGCGGGGCGCAGGCGGGAGGUGCGGGGCGCGGGCUGGGCUCCCCGCCGGCCGGGCCUCUGUGACGCGGCGUUCCAGGCCGGGCCCCAGCACAGCCCGCAGCCGAGUGGCCCGGCGACGGCAGGCGGCAGGCGGCGACGGCGGCGGCAUGAGCUACUACCAGCUCCCUGUGGUGAUCGACAACGGCUCAGGCGUGAUCAAGGUGGGCCUGGCCGGGAGCCGGGAGCCCCAUUUCGUGUACGCGAACAUUACUGGCCGCGCCAAGGGCCCGGACUGGGCGGCCAACGGCGAGCACGAGGUGUAUGUGGGCGACCAGGCGCAGGUCCGGAGAAGCUCGCUGUCCAUCAGCUACCCGGUGGAGCGCGGUGUCAUUACCUCCUGGGGGGACAUGGAAGUCGUUUGGAAGCACACCUACCACUACAGCCUGACGCUCAAGCCCAGUGACGGCCCCGUCCUCAUCACUGAGCCGGCGCUGAACCCACUGGCCAAUCGGCAGCAGAUCACCGAGGUGUUUUUUGAGCAUCUGGGUGUUCCCGCCUUCUACAUGUCCAUCCAGGCCGUGCUCGCUCUCUUUUCUGCUGGCUUCACUACUGGCCUUGUGCUGAAUUCCGGUGCUGGGGUUACCCAGUGUGUGCCCAUCUUCGAGGGGUACUGUCUGCCGCAUGGCGUCCAGCAACUAGAUCUGGCAGGCCUUGACCUCACCAACUACCUCACGGCGCUACUGAAGAACCACGGUAUCAUGCUGCUCAGUGCUGCAGACAGAAAGACUGUUGUGGACAUCAAAGAGACCUCCUGCUACGUGGCAAUGAACUAUGAAGAGGAAAUGGCCAAGAAACCUGAACUGAUACAGAAAAUUUACAAACUACCUGAUGGGAAGAUCCUCAGGCUCCACCAGGAGCUCUUUUCUUGUCCAGAGGCCCUCUUCUCUCCACGCCUGGUGAGCCUUGAGGCCCCUGGCAUAGAUAAGAUGUGCUUCAAUAGCAUAAUGAAAUGUGAUACAGAUCUGAGGAAUUCCCUCUUCUCCAAUAUUCUCCUUGCUGGGGGAUCGACCUCUUUUCCUAGUUUCGACAAGCGGCUAGUUAAGGAUAUAGCAAAGGUGGCUCCUGCCAACACUCCAGUGCAGGUUACAGCUCCCCCAGAAAGGAAGAUAUCGGCGUGGAUGGGAGGAUCUAUUCUUGCAUCCCUGUCUGCCUUCCAAGACAUGUGGAUCACUGCUGCAGAAUUUAAAGAAGUUGGACCCAACAUAGUACACCAAAGAUGCUUCUGAAGUACAGAUGAACUGCUUAGAAAAAAAUGUUUUGAGUAUACGUGACAGAAAGCAUUGGAUAUUAUAUGUUUCUGGGAGAACAGAAAAUACUUCAAUUAUUGGGAUGUGCAUGUCUCUGUUGCUUUUUUAUAAUGGGAGGGAUAAUGAUGCAACAGUCAAACAACAGAUGAUUAUUGAAAAGCACCAAGUUAAA